AAUAGACCGAUUAGAAAUAAUGUGCAAACAAACAGGACAAGUAAAGCGAUUAAUGGUGAUUUCUAUAUAAAUAUAUAUCACGUGAGCUGUUAUAUUAUUUAUAGCUAUUUAGCUGACGCAUUGUGAGUGUCGUUUUUCAACUGAACAAAUCGAGGGCAAGCUGUUUAUUUGUUGUAGUGUAUUUGAUAGUGUUGUACUGGUUAUCUUUGAUCAGCGAACUAUAUAAAGAGAAAUAUAUAGCGGAUAGGACACAGGCUACUAAACCUUUAAAAAAAUCAAUAUGAGUGGUUUGAUUAAACAGAAAGAAUACGACUGGAAAGACUCGAAUUUAGCAUUAUUUGGAUCGGACGUGGAAAAGAAUGUGAAAAAAGAGUCGGCUGAGACCGAACCGGCCUGGAAAAAUGCCGGACAGAUGGUUGGAGUUCAAGUAUGGCGGAUCGUGAAAUUCAAGGUGACCCAAUGGCCUAAAGAAGAAUACGGUAAAUUUUAUAAUGGCGAUUCUUAUAUCAUAUUGAAUACAUACAAAGAAGCGGACAGUAAUGAACUCCAAUACGACGUCCAUUUUUGGAUUGGUAAACACAGUACCCAAGACGAGUAUGGUACCGCUGCUUACAAGACUGUGGAACUAGACACCUUCUUGGACGAUGCCCCCAUUCAGCACAGAGAAGUUCAAGGUCACGAAUCGGAAUUGUUCAAGUCUUAUUUCAAAUCUAUCACAAUCUUAGAAGGCGGUGCUGAAACUGGUUUCAGACAUGUCAAACCGGAAGAAUAUAAAUCACGUCUGUUCCAUUUCCACGGCGACAGAAAAGGCGUUGAUGUUAAGGAGAUCUCUAGAAGUAAAGAUGCCUUGGAUUCUGGUGAUGUCUUCAUCAUGGAUGCAGGUCUGAACAUCUACCAAUGGAAUGGUAAAGGCAGUAAUAAGGACGAGAGAUUCAAGGCUAUGCAGUAUUGUAGAGAUAUUGCCAGCGACCGAUCCGGAAAAUGUAAAAUCGAGACCUUGGAUGAAGAGUUUAUUGAAGGUGAUCAUCCCAUGUAUGAAUUGUUAACAGAAGAAAAUAACGUCAGCGACGAUUCUGGUUAUGAAGCCGUUGACAAAACCAAGAAAUUAUUCAGAUUGUCCGAUGCCAGUGGUCAAAUGACAUUCACGGAGGAAAAAUCUGGAGAUAUUUCCAAAUCUGAUUUCGAUAGUAAAGAUGUGUUUAUUUUUGACACUAAAGACUCUGUUUUCGUGUGGGUCGGUAAAAGGACCUCUGAAUUAGAAAAGAAGAACGCCAUGGCAUACGCCCAUAAAUAUCUUCAAGAAAGUGACCACCCUUUACAACCUGUCUCAGUUUUGUUAGAAAGUCAACGCUGUAAGCAGUUCGAAACAGCCUUAGCUGCAUAAAGUUUCAGUGUCCCAUUUAUUAAUGGUAACAUCUGUUCUGAUUGACAUAUUUUUUUGAAAUUAACAUAGUAUAUUCUAUAGCUUCUGUGUAAUUUAACAUAUCAUAUGCUUAAUUAUGUGUAUUAUAUGUAAGCAAAUCUGAUUUUGCAUUGAUUGUUGUAUACAAUCAAAUCUUAUUUUGUAUUAAGUGUUAUAUACAAUCAAAUCUGAUUUUGCAUUAUGUUUUAAGUAUAUACAUAUCUAAAUUGGCAUUAAUUGUUAUAUACAUACAAAUCUGAUUUUGCAAUUGUUAUGUAUUAUAUAUGAAUCUGAUUUUGCAUGAAGUGUUAUGAUAUAUACACAUAAAUCCGAUUCGUUUUUGAAUUGCUAUAUACAAAAAAGUCUUAAUUUGUACUUAGUAUGUCAUAUACAAGCAAAUCUGAUUUUGCAUUAAGCGUUAUAUACAAACAAGUAUGAUUCUGUACUAAGUUAUAUAUAUGAUUAUGUAUGUGGUAUACACAAAAAAUCGGAUUUUGUAUUAAUUGUUAUUUACAAACAAAACCGUAUCUUCUUUUAUAUAAAAAUAUAAACCACAUGAAAUUGAUGUACCACCAAUGCAUAUUUUGAAAUAAAUUCUUCCAUGUAACAUUCACUGAUAUUUUCGGACAAACUAAAAUGGUCAUAUAAAUCUUACUUUGACAGAUAUGUCACUGUAAUAAAAUACUGUUCUUUUGUGCUUCCUUGGUAUUUUCAUUUUAACUUCCUAUUUGAUAUUCUCCGUUGCCUUUUUGAUAUAAAUACCUCAGUGGUCCGGUUUGAUUAACUUGGCCCUCCAUACUCGUUAUCAUGUCCUAUUUAGAAAAUUGCGGAAAUUAUUAUAAUGCAAAUAGCUGAUAAGGACAUAGUCGAUCCAUUGAAGUUCAUAAGGAAACUAGUUAGUGUUUGUUAUUGUAGAUAAGGACAUAAAAGUAGAACCAUUUAUCAUUUUUUUAUCGUUUAGAGCUGGCAUGAAGGAAGCUUCUCUAUGUCGAUUUUCCUUAAAAUUUUAACGAUUGGUACAAAUUUGAAAAAUCCAUUUAAAGGGAUAUGCUGUUGUCUUUAUAUGUUCCUCAUAUAAAUUCGAAUCUGAAAUUGGGCUUUAUCAGCUGGUGCAGCAAUUUUUAGACUAUUGAAUGCAAUUAUUAACCACCGUUGCCGGAUCCAAUAUUCUUUCGUUAUUAGUACUGAUAUUGUAGUGUACAUUCCAUUAUUAUAGUACUUGUAUUUCAGUAAAGUAUCACUUUGACAUUAUAUAGUAUUUCUAUUGAUCAAGUAAUAUCAUUGUUAGUUUAUUUUGAUACAAUAUUUGUUACUCAGAAGAUGGGUUCUUGUUAAUUUUUUUAUAACUUUUUUGUCUCAAUGAAAAUAUAAUAAUAUACAGAAAUAAAUGAGCUUUAUUCAUUU